AUGUUAGGCGUCGGUGUUGGUCUCGGGUACAACUAUUGCUACGUUGACUUUUCAUCAGGUCGUGGACCCAGUGCUGCAUUCGAUGAAAACGAAGAUUUUAUGAAGAUGCCAGCUAACGAUACAGAAUCGGACAACAGUACGGAUAAAGGAGCUGAAACCACAACCGAAGCUGAAUUCCGAAAGGCUUUUAAGCCGUAUACUUUACCACAGAUGAAAAACAACGUCAUGGUCUACGUGCCUCUGAAUGCUGGAGUGGACUUCGCACAGCUGUUGAAGAAAAUAAGAACAAAAUACCAGUAUCGAUACAAAAACCAACCAACUCCUCAUUGGAGAAGCCUUGAUAGCGAAGACUAUUACGAAGAUGUUGAUACGCCGACACUUGAAACUUAUAAUUCGAAGGAAGUUGACAGUUUAAAUACACACAACGAUAUAGAAAUAACAACUAGAGAGAAUAAUCUUCUCUUGACUGUUAAUGAAACUACUGGUAUGAUACCUGGUUUUAGUGUUACAGAAGAUAAAACGGAAGAAGGGAUUGUAGUAACGAGUAAUGAUAGCGAUACAAUUGAAGGCAAAGCUUCUAAAAUCGUUAUACCAAUUGAUGGCUUGGACUUAAUUUCUCUUUUAUCCAAAUGGAGAGCGGAAAAUAGGAAUUAUACUCUGCAAGUCGUCGUGUCUUGA